ACGGCUCUCCUUAUAGUGAAGCUCAAGAGUCAAACUCGGCUGUCAGCAUUCCCACAUAAGGCUCCGGCCUUUCAAGCAGGAGCUACAGGUGGCGCAGGGCUGCCAGGCGACUUGGAGAUCUCUGGCCAGCCUCCCCCGCUGCCAGGUCGCCAGAUUCGCUGAGGCCGGGACCCAGAGGUGCCCCUUCGAGAGCCUGGGCUGGGCGCCCCAGCUUGGUGUUGGGUUGCUGAGGGACACACCGCUGUAACAGUCGAAAGGGCAGCGGCAUCCGGCGCCUCCGCAGGAGCCGCGCCCCGCUCCCCGCGGCCGCCUCGCGCCGGGACUGCGUUUCCCAGAGGCCCCCGCGGCGGAGCGCCGCCCCCGCUCAACGCCACCCGGCGGCCCCCAGGCACCGGCAGACCUGCAGCCCGGCCGCUCGCGGAGUCUUUGAAAGGCAGCGGGAGGCGGCGGCGCGAUGGCGAGCCUUGGCCGCCUGCUCUGCGUGCUGGGCCUGCUCCUGUGCGGGGCGGCGAGCUUCAGGCUGUCGGCUCCUCGCGCCGGCACCUCGGAGAAGCCCAUCAUCGGAAUAUUAAUGCAAAAAUGCCGUGAUAAGGACAUGAAAAAGCUGGGGAAAUAUUAUAUUGCUGCAUCCUAUGUAAAGUAUCUGGAGUCUGCAGGUGCAAGAGUUGUACCAAUAAGGCUUGAUCUUACAUCUAAAGAAUAUGAAAAGCUUUUCCAUUCAAUUAAUGGCAUCCUUUUUCCUGGAGGAGGUGCUGACCUCAAGAAGUCAGGUUAUGCUAAAGUGGCCAAAAUAUUUUACGACUUUUCCAUACAGAGUUUUAAUGCUGGAGACUACUUUCCUGUGUGGGGCACAUGCCUUGGAUUUGAAGAGCUUUCAUAUCUGGUUAGUAACAAGUCCUUAUUAACUUCCACAAAUACUGAUGGAUGUGCACUGCCGCUGAACUUCACUAAUGGUACAUUGCAAAGCAGAAUGUUCCGGAAUUUUCCUUCUGACCUAUUGCUGUCAUUAUCAGUAGAACCUUUGACUGCAAAUUUCCACAAGUGGAGCCUGUCCAUGAAGAAUUUUACAACGAAUGAAAAGUUAAAGAAGUUUUUCAAUGUGUUAUCUACAAAUACAGAUGGCAAGACUGAGUUUAUUUCAACAAUGGAAGGAUACAAGUAUCCAGUGUAUGGUGUCCAGUGGCAUCCAGAGAAGGGACCUUAUGAGUGGAAGAUAGAGAAAGGCAUUUCUCACUCGCCUAAUGCUGUGAAAGCUGCGUUUUACUUAGCAGAGUUCUUUGUUGCUGAAGAAUGGACUCUUUCAGAAUUGACCACACCCCUGUCUUCCACAUACCACCACCUGCAGGAAGGCUAUGGAAGGGCCCUGAGGACAAGUGAGAAGAGCAGUCCCAUUCAGACCAAAGGCUUAUUGGGUUGGGACCUACAGCAAUCUGCGUUUGAUCAACUACAGGACUGGCUCAUCUGCCACCAUUACCGCAUGACAGAAGUGGAAAGGCAUUCCCCUUUUCUCAGGCACUAUGGUUUUUACCCUGACUUUUUCCACACUUUCUGUGAGGACAGAGAAACCUCGGGUGCUGGUCAGUGUCUGGGACAGCCAAGGGUCACCCAGAGGGACCUCCUGGAUGCCUUUGACAUAUCAGGGAUUGGACAUCAGCCCUACUUUUUAAAUCAGCAUCUUCUCAAGCCUUGCAGCUGCGCGGUUUGGAAUGAACUCCUGAAGAAUACAGAGGACGAGCAUCUGAAAUCACUUCCCGUGAUUAAGCAGGCAGCAGGAUAUGCCUUUGCCACGCCUAAUGGCGGUAGGGAUUAUAGUUCCACUUUACAGAUGAGAAAAACUUCAGAGCUCAGAUGUCCAACACUGUCCAAGGUCACAGUGGUGGACCUGGGACCCAAACCCACCUUUUGCCCUCCAAGUUCUCCCUCCUUCGGCCACACCUCUCGCCCUGCUGCAUACAUGCGGGAUCUGGGCAUGUCCGCCAAAUUCCCUGGGCUUCAGCUCCCUCAGCUGUGCAAUGGCAACUGGGAUUUGACCAUCUCCAAGUUCCCUGCUAGUUUCUCUUCAUUUUGA